AUGACUAACCCUUACGAGGCGGACCCAGAGAAAAUCCCUGCGACUGACUUAUAUGCGGACGUACCCUUCUAUGGUCGAUAUUGCCCGAAACCUGAUGACUUCCACAUCGAUCAUCAGCAUGUCAAUUCUUCGACUCCGGAGUCUUUGAAAUAUUGGACCUCGGUCAUUAAUCUUUGCACUGAAGAGAACCGAAUUUAUCCUGCAGAUGCAGGUGGCCGGGAUGUUUUCGCUCUUGGUAGCAUAAUUGUGAAAUCAAGCCAUCUCCAUGCGCAUCAGGAUGUCCAAUCCCCGGAGAUUGACUUCUCAUAUGCUGAUGCAAAUGAGACCCGGGCUAUUGCUCUAGCAAAGACUGUCUUAGGUGAAGUCCAAGUUCCAGAAAUUUUCUUUUUUGGCAACAUCAACAGUCGUCAAGUACUUAUCCAAGAACGGCUUCCAGGCGUUGGAUUAUGUGUCGCAUGGCCUUAUCUAUCAAGAAAACAAAGGAAUUGUUUCAAGGAACAGGCUAGGAGGAUCCUCCGUCAACUUCACACUAUCAAGCCAACUGGAAACCUCAAAGCUAGUGCUCGCUCUCACGUCGUACCGGACCCCAACAUACUCAGUAAUGAUCGAAUCAAUCCGUUAGAAGGAGAGAUCGUUUUCUCAGCUACAAAUCAUGAUACAGAUAUGAGUUUCAUGCACAACGAUUUGACGCAAUCCAACUGCAUUGUUAGCAACGACGCAAUCGUGGGCCUUAUUGAUUGGGAAAUGGCUGGAUUUUUCGGUUGGAAAACCGCUGGCGAAGUCCAUCGUCGGAUCAGAACCCCACAACGAGAGCAUUUUGUGAAUGCCAACUUGAGUGAGGAAAAGUUGCAGGAUAUGAUGUUCUGGAAUGACCUAUAUGAAGAAAGUGUUUCAGAGGAUUCGCCAAAGAAGACUUCGAUGUCUUCUUAA